AGGAGAGAAUAACAUAGCAAUGACAAUCUCUUCAGAUCAAUGAGUUUCUUUCUGUUCUAUUCAGCAUUACCACCACUUCUGUAUUAUAUUAGUGAUGGGUGGGGCAUGAUGCGGGAUGCCAUACGAAAUACUGGGUAAUUGUGAAAUCCUCUAGUCAUGGUGGUCUGGCUCAGCCUCAGUUGGCUUCUUCUAGUGACGCUUAUUUGGCUGAGGGUGGUUCUGUCCCGGGACUUCACUCUAAAGGACAUCAUUAACCUCCAUCCAUCAGCUACCCCGUACCCUGGAGGUUUUAAGUGCUUCACCUGUGAGGAUGCUGAGGAUAACUAUUCCUGCAACCGCUGGGCUCCUGACCAAUACUGCCCUAAAGACACCAGAUUCUGCUACACACGUCACCAGAUGAACAGCGGAGGGGAGAGUAUGUCCGUGACGAAGCGCUGCGCCGCUCGGGAUGAGUGUGCGUCCACUGGCUGUGUGGAGCAAGGAGGCUACAUGGUGUGCAUUUCCUGCUGUGAAGGGAACAUCUGUAACCUGCCGGUACCGUGGAACCUUACGAUGGCUGUAUUUUCUACAAAAUCCCUGUUAAACCAAGAGAGCAGAGUGCAUCCUAGUUGUGCCACGUCUUUCAGCAUCUUCAUCAUCAUCUUCACGCUUAACCUUCCUUAACAGCCUGGAUUGAUGUUUUAUUUAUUUAUAUUUAGUGGUUUAUAUGGGGACAGUGUUACAGUAGAUAAUAUACAUUAAGUAAAAUACUUCAAUGUCAUUCUUUUUAAAAAACUUUUAGUCUAAUCUAAAAUCCACAAAAAAUUGCACAUCCCGUACAGUUUUGAGCAAAAGUUUGGGGACCCUGGUCAAAUGACAUGUUUUGUUGAUUUUCUAUGGGCUAAGCUAAGUUACACAUCCUCUAUAGAGGACACAGUUAAAUGCACAGUUACUGUUUAUUUGCUGAAUUUAACAUAAUAGAGAAAUAAAAUAUAGAACGUUACCUGUGUAAAAGUUGGUACUUUGUCUAUUGUAUGUUUUUCCCGCUAGAAUGUUAAACUGUCUAAAUGUCCUAAAAUUAGCAGAAAAUGUCAGAUUUUGUUUUGUUCUCUGUAGAGGAUGUGGAACAUAUUUUCACUUAAAAAAUCAACAAAACAUCAUUUGAUCAGGUGUUCAUACUUUGGCAUACGACUACAGGCUUCCAUAGCAAAUAACAGCAUGUAGCUUUGUGCUUAGUUUUGUACAACUCUAAACAGGAGAUCAGUUCAGCAUCACAUCCUUGGGUUACUUUGUGAAUUAUGUAUGAAUAUUUUAAUGUAUUCACAUUAUUUUGUUAUUUGUAACUACAUCUGUAGCUAAAAUGGUGUUAUAUAGUACUAAAAAUAUUCCAUGACUUGCUGUAUAGAACAAUUUUAAAAGAACCAUAUCUAACAGUUUUUUUGUCAUGGAGAACAACAAUUUAACUACGAAAAGAGUCAUUUACUAAAGAACUGCUUUUUUAAGGGUGUAAUAUUCUGGAUGUGACCUUAGUUACGUACAGAAGUGACGUACAGAAGCGCAUCACUACCCACAAGAUUCAAAUGUGGCUGGAGCCGUAAAAUAGUUCCAGAUGCAUUAUGAGAUUAUAUGCCUUCUGUUCUUAAUCCUUGUGCGGUGUUGAUGUGUUUGUAACUCAGUGGUCUGGUGGUCCCACCGCAUUAUUGUUUUUUUAUUAUUACAACCAUAGCAAUUUAUGUAAAAGUACCAGAUGGUUAAAAUAUCACAAGUGGCCAGCGUGCGUUUCUCUUUUAGCAGCUGUAGCCAGUCAGCAUGUUGUCCACCCUCACACACACGCACAGACGCGCAC